AUGGUUCUCUCCUCUGAUACAGAUAAGAAACGUAAACGCACAUCAAAGUUAAAGAAGAAAUUAGAAGAUGCGAGAAACGAAAUCAAACGAUUGGGGAAGAUAGCAAAUAUCAAACCAUCGGAAGCGACUAAGAAAUCUAAAAGAAGAGCGAAGAAGACAUCAGACAAAAAGAAACGUAGCAAGAAGAACGGGAUACAAGUAAACAUAGGUGUCAUCCCAAAGUCAGACUUAAUUCAACUACAACCGUUUUGGAGGAAACAAAUGAAGAAGUUGGAGUCCUCCAUUCCCUUGACAGUAUUCGACCAAAGUUUUGCGCUAGCAGACAAGGAGGAGUACGAAAGACAACACCAUUCGUCAUCAUCGAAAACUUCUAAGAACAAAGGUUUGGAGGCGCCAUCAGAGUUCAAAAUGACCUAUGGGGAGUGGACCGAAAACAUAAGUCUGUUCAAACGUUACUUGAUUCAACAUAAACAAAAAGAAGUUGCAGAAAGACUCAAUUUCCACAUCAAGAAUGUGAAGCAAGUCAAACGACAUAUCUUUGUCGAAAGAUUAAACAAAGAACCAAUAAAGGAUAUUGGUACAUUCAUGAAGAAAUAUGAAGACAAAGCAAAGGAUAAGUCAUUAAACUUUGGAGAAGCAAACGGAGGCGAAACAAACCCUUACGCGAAGGGAGGUAAACUCGAAUGGAGACACCCAGAGACUGGAGUAUCACUAAACCAACAUUCAGGUAACGACAGCCAACAAACAGCAUCGAGCUCUAGAGAUUACAACAACGAGUUUCAUAGAAAACGAAGAGGCCCAAGACCAAACAGAAAUUUCUCAUACGGUGCAAAACCUGGAUUCAACCAGUACCACAAAAGACCGAGUUUUAACCACAACGUUCCAUUUCAUCAGAAUCAACUACCAACAAUCCAUAUGGGUUUCACGAAUCAAGGACAACCGAAUUUAAACCAAGCACCAAUGAACGUGAGCCUGACCUCGAAUCCAAAUGUCGCUACGAAUAACCAAACGCAACCAAAUAACUACAACGCGUACCAAGGAAGAGGAACAAGGGGUACCUGGAGAGGAACUAGAGGAGGUAUAGGUAGAGGUACAGGGAGACAAGUGCAGAAUGAGACGUAA